UUGAUCUUUGUCGUGUUCGAUCCGAUAUUACAACUUUUUUCUCACUCUCUCGCGGUUCCUCGUCGGACGGUUUCCUAUUUUUGCAACAACUUCCGGAACGUGCUUUUCUGUGAGUGGGUGCUUUUGCUCAGCUGAACCGAAAUCAUGAAAUCGCUUCUGAUUCUCCUGGCAUGCGCUGCAUGCGCAUUAGCCUUCCCGGAGCCACCACGGGGGCGCAUUGUUCUGCCGGCUAAGCAGCUCCAGCUGCCCGAACUUGAGUAUGGUGCCCCCAAGCAAGAAUAUGGUCCACCGGCGUCAGACUACGGACCACCGACGCCGGUGUACGGUCCACCGGCUUCCGAGUAUGGUCCUCCGCCAAUACAGAAGCUAGUCACCAAAAAUGUGUACGUGCACGUUCCACCGGAAGAACCGACCGAAAUCGUCAAAAGUGCCGUACUGGAAGCUCCCAUUCCGAAGAAACACUACAAAAUCAUCUUCAUCAAGGCUCCGGCACCACCGGCACCGAUCCAGCAGCAGAUUCCACCACAGCCACAGGACGAACACAAGACUUUGGUGUACGUGCUGGUGAAGAAACCCGAAGAACCCGCACCGUUGGAGAUCCCACAGGCCGAACCAACCGAACCCAGCAAACCCGAGGUUUACUUCAUCAAGUACAAAACCAAUGAAAACAAAGAACCUGCCAAGAGCUACGGUCCUCCGUCCAAUGCCUAUGGACCUCCUUCCUCUCCCUCGGGACCGGCACGUUAUCAACAGUUCUAGGUUUAUGAGAAAAAAAAACGGUGCUAGACACAAUCCAGGGUUUUUGUUACUUGUUGUUUAUUUUUUAUUAGAACCAUUGUAUAAGAUAAGCUAGGCUACUUUGUUUAUUACUUGUUCGGGUGGAAAUUCAGUGGUCGUUAGAAUUAUCAAUCCAGAAAUCCUUUCCAAUAGAUUUGCAUUUACCUUA